UUCUUUUUUCUUUUUCGCUUUUCUAACUCGUCUAAACAUGAGAGAAAUCAUCCACGUGCAGGCCGGACAAUGUGGCAAUCAAAUUGGCCAAAAGUUCUGGGAAAACAUUAGCCAAGAACAUGGCAUCGAUGAAACUGGCGCGUACGCCGGCGAUAAUGACUUGCAGCUCGAACGGAUCAAUGUGUACUACAACGAAGGCUCUACGGGAAAAUACGUACCGCGAUCGGUGCUUGUUGACUUGGAGCCUGCCACCAUGGAUGCGAUCAGAAGCAGUCGAUACGGUAAGCUGUUUCGACCCGACAACUUUGUGCAUGCACAGUCUGGUGCAGGCAACUCGUGGGCCAAAGGCUACUACACCGAGGGCGCCGAACUAGUCGAGUCUGUCUUGGACAUUAUCCGCAAGGAAGCAGAACACACAGAUUGCCUGCAAGGAUUUCAGCUGGCGCAUUCUUUGGGCGGCGGUACUGGCUCCGGCUUGGGCUCGUUGCUCCUGUCCAAGAUUCGUGAAGAGUAUCCAGAUCGUAUGCUGUGCACUUACUCUGUCGUACCUUCGCCCAAGGUAUCCGACACUGUUGUCGAGCCUUACAAUGCCGUGUUAACUGUCCACCAGCUGGUCGAGAACUGUGAUGCCACAUUCUGUAUCGACAAUGAGGCCCUGUACGAUAUCUGUUUCCGCACUUUGAAAUUGACCAACCCGGCCUAUGGAGAGCUCAAUCAGCUCGUAUCGGCUGUCAUGUCCGGUGUCUCUACAAGCUUGCGCUUCCCUGGACAGCUCAACUCGGAUCUUCGGAAGCUGUUUGUCAACAUGGUACCCUUCCCACGUCUGCAUUUCUUCAUGGUCGGCUUUGCGCCCUUGACUGCAUUUGCAUCGCAGCAGUAUCGCAGUCUGUCGGUGCCCGAACUGACAGCUCAAAUGUUUGAUGCACGUAACAUGAUGGCUGCAUCCGACCCUCGACAUGGCCGUUACCUGACUGUCGCUACCAUCUUCCGUGGCCGAUUGUCUACCAAGGAAGUCGAGAAUCAAAUGUUGGCUGUCCAGCAAAAGAACUCGUCCUAUUUUGUUGAGUGGAUUCCCAACUCGGUCAAGACGUCGUUGUGUGAUAUUCCACCUGUCGGCUUGAAGAUGUCCGGCACAUUCAUUGGCAACAGCACGGCGAUCCAGGAGUUGUUUAAACGUGUCAAUGAACAAUUUACUGCCAUGUUCCGUCGCAAGGCUUUCAUGCACUGGUACACCGGUGAGGGCAUGGACGAAAUGGAGUUUACCGAGGCAGAGUCCAACAUGAACGAUCUUGUUUCUGAAUACCAACAAUAUCAGGAGGCUGGUGUUGAGGAGGAGAUGGAGGACGACGAUUUGGAUGUGGAAGAAGAUUUCUUGGAGGAAGAAGCUCAACUGGAUAAUUAGGUUUACUAUAAUAACCAUCACGAGAAGCAACAGAAACCUACAUAUAUAAAAAUAUAUAGUAUAACCUUAACAUACGAG